AUGGGAGAUAGAGUUUCUCGAGCAGAGGCGCAAGCCAAUUCAGGACAAGAUGAUGCCAAGCAUCUCGCCAUGCUGGGUCAUCAAGAGGAGCUCACUCGCAAAUUCAGCCUGGUGAGCAUGCUCGCCAUGGCUUUCUGUGUCCUCGGCACUUGGGCUGUCUUCGCUCAGAACCUAGCCGCUGCGCUGACCACCGGAGGUCCAGUAAGCAUCUUCUGGGGCCUUGUGCUCGUCACGCUCUGCAACCUCUGCGUCGCUGUUUCACUGGGCGAGCUCUGCAGCAGCAUGCCGACCGCCUUGGGCCAAGCUUACUGGGUCUACCGUCUAUGGAAUACACCCUCUGGCCGCCUCCUGUCUUAUGUUUGUGCUUCCAUUAACACCUUUGGUUGGUGGGCUCUUACGGCUUCACAGAAUGCGUUCAUGACCGAAUUUCUCCUCGGCAUGAAGGUCUUGUUCGAUAAUGAAUGGUCAGGUGCUAGCAAAGGUUGGAUUCAAUUUCUGAUCUAUACUGGCAUCACUAUUCUUUUCACUGCAUUUAACCUUGUUGCGUGUCGCAGUGAUAAGACUCUUCCAUGGUUCAACAACUUCGUUGGCGUCGGGUUUGCGGGCCUUUUCGUAACCAUCAGCAUAGCCCUCUUAGCCGCUGUUGGGACAAAACCCGAUUUGAAUUUCCAGUCACCUUCUUUUGUCUUUGGAGCAUGGAUCAACGAUUCCGGCUGGCCUGAUGGUGUCAUCUGGUUCGUAGGUCUUGUCCAGGCCGCUUACGGUCUGACGGCAUUCGACGCCGUAAUCCACAUGGUCGAGGAAAUACCCAUGCCGGGGCGCAAUGCACCCAAGGCUAUCUAUCUCUCGGUGCUCUGUGGCGCUGCUUCUGGCUUUGUGUUCAUGGUGGCCGUACUCUUUUGCAUUCAGGACAUCGAUGCCGUUCUCGACUCCCCCAUUGGUCUUCCGUUUGUGGAUGUCAUGCAGAGCGUUCUUGGGCUGACAGGAGCAGCUGUGCUGAGCGCCCUCUUCAUUUUCAACGGUUUCGGUCAAGGCAUCAGUGUUCUGACUUCAGCCUCCCGGCUAACCUGGGGCUUUGCCCGAGAUGGUGGACUUCCAUGGGGCUCAUAUUUCGCGUACGUGGACCCGGUAUGGAAAGUUCCAGCCCGCGCUCUCUGGCUCCAGUGCGUCAUCAUCUCUCUGAUUGGAGUUCUCUACCUGUUCUCCAACACUGUUCUCUCUGCUAUUCUUUCUGUCAGCACUAUAGCCCUUACCAUUUCUUACGCUAUCCCUAUUUCCGUUUUGCUUAUAGUUGGACGUGAUAAGCUUCCCCCACGAGAAUUUUCACUUGGUCGGUUCGGUACAGUAGCCAACUGGAUAUCUCUGAUCUACUGCGUCAUCACGUCCGUCUUCUUCUUUUUCCCAACUGAACCGAAUCCCCCUUCAAGCGACAUGAACUACGCCAUCGCCGUGUUUGGAAUUAUGGUCAUCUUUUCGAUUGGAUUUUGGUUUGUCAAGGGCCGCGUCACGUUCUUGAAGACCCUAGAAUCGGCGCACCUCGCUACCGAAGCACGAAACUUGGAGAUAGAAACAUAUGAAGGGAUUGAUGGUGGAACAAAGGGACCUGUUAAGGACCUAUCAAAAGAUUCUAAGAUGUAA